CUAUACCGUCAAGAAGCAGAGGUCAAAUGCAUAGUUAGGUUAUAUUGAGGUUAAACUUUAACUUAUGUUUUUCAAGGAAAAAUGUAGACUUUCGAAUUUGAAAUAAAUUUUGUCUGAAAAUUUAUUCACUCACAAUUCUUCAUUUUAGAUUCGAAACUUAUCAGAGAUGUCAUUUAGAAACCACAGAGAGUUGAAAAUAGGUAUAAUAGAAAGUAAAAGUAGCUCUUGUAGUUAUGUAUUAUUUUGAAAUUUGAAAGUUUAUUUCAAUAGUGUCAUUGCUGAUGAAAUGUUUGUGGAGGAUAAAGGAGUCGAGAUAUGGAUGAAAUAAUAUUUCAUCUGUCACAAAGACUUGAAUCAUUGCAGGUGCUAGCGUAUUCAGUUAUUCAACAGUGUCGUUGUAUAGCUGAGUCAUAUGCUGAUCAGAGUUACCAACUUGCCUUAUCCGCCUACAAUUCUCCACAAAUUGCUAAUUUCCAUGAAAUUACGUCAGAGAAAUUACACCACCUUAUAUGGAUAUUGAGAGAUUUCACCAAUGCUGCACUUAGGUAUACGAACCCAGCAAUAGUUUAUGCAAGGAUAUCAAAUGUGAUCGGCAGCGACAUUAAUCGCGGUAACCUGUAUGCUGGCUGCGUUGGAUUUGCUGUUGGUGGUGGUUUCGGAAUCGUGCUAGGACUAUGUCUUCGACCCCAUUCCGAACCAGUCACAUUUGUACGAGCUGUAGCUGUCACCUCCUUCAGUGGCAUCGAUUCAGUGUCUCUGCUUGAAGAUGUGAUAGCACCUACUCUCUGCGACCCCGAAGAUGUUCUCAUCGAAGUCAAAGCUGCAUCUCUCGACCAGAUCGAUAUAAAAAUUGCAUCUGGGUAUGCCAGAGUCCUGCGGAAAUACCUUAACAAAUACAAUAUGAACGUGCAUGGUGAACUGCCGGUGGUGCUUGGGCGUGACUGCGCGGGGAUAGUGACCGAGGUGGGCAGUGCAGUGACGAAGCUGGAGGUUGGCGACGAGGUGUGGGCAGUGGUGCCUCCAUGGUCGCCCGGUGUCAUGGCGGACACGGUCGCCGUCAAGCAGAGCUGGGUCAGUCGCAAACCGCGCUGUGUGAGCUUUGAAGGCGCCGCCUCGAUACCUUACUCGGGAACGGUAGCUUGGGAUGCAGUCGUCAAUCACGCCUGUCUCGGCCCGGAUACGGCUCGUCGAAAAAAAGUAUUGGUGCAUUGUGGUACUUCCGGGGUGGGUGUGAUAAUAACGCAGCUGUGUCGAGCGUGGGAUGCCCAUGUUACGGUCACAUGCCUCAAUCGUGCCUCACAAACAAUGACGGCUCUAGGUGCUGACCAAGUUGUGCCUCUCGAAACAGCCAACAUCGAACAACAUCUACUCAAAAAUAGGUUUGACGUUGUCUUCAAUACAGCAGGUUCAGUAGCGCACAAAUUUUGCUUAGACCUCUGCCUGCCUCACGGAAUUGUGGUCACACCAGUUAGCUCAACUCUAGCUUCAGAUUCGUAUGGCAUGUUUUUUGGAACUCUUUAUUCAGCGUGGAUACGCAUAACUCAUAGUGUUUUUGGCUACACAUCCUGGGGCCUGAUUCCCUACAAUACCACUGUACUCGGCGAAUUAGCACGUCUAGUUGACAGUGGACAGAUUCAACCAGUCGUUGAUAGGAUUUUUACACCAAAUGAUCAUGAACGUGCGUUUCAGCAUAUUGAUUCAGCUCGUUCGAUCGGAAAAUCCAUAUUCAAAUUCAGUGACCAGUAUUCUGAAUCUUGAAGAUGCUUUAAGUAGAAAGAAAGUGUACAAAGCAGGCCAUUGGUGCAAACUAGGCCCGAUGUGGUUACGUGAUAAUAAUUGAAUUUAACUCUAAAUUAGAUUGGAAAAAUCCAUUACAUCACAAAAAUCAUAAAUUAUUUAUUAGAUCGACAUCGUUUUAAUCUCUAGCUGUUUACAAUGUUUGGAAAAUGAUAUCAUCUGUUAACCCCUAUUUCGUUAUUAAUAAACAAAUUAGUGUAC